AUGUCCUCCCACGACGAGAUAUUCUCCGACGAAUCAAGCUUCUACGGCGACGAAGACACAAAGAUCCAGCUAGAAAAAGCAUGUGCAGCAUUUGACCCAGAACCAUUCUGGGCGCACAUCCAUCAAAACCUCCCGUCAACGCGACAGCAUAAUGCACGCGCACCAACUCAGCCUGCAAAGGCUUCCUCAUCUGAUGUCAGCAUGAAAGAUGCAUCGCCAUCACCCACCACACUACCGCAAGACCGUCGCGGCAAAACAGAGCCAGUAGAGUCAUUCCUGUCCCGUCUUCCGCCGUCAAAGUUGAGUGCACAUGAUGCAGACUUUAUCUGGACGUGGAACCCAGCAGGAUCGCGCAAGAAUGGCGGGGAUGUUGCUUCUUUCACCAGGAAAGGGUAUGAGCUUCUCAAUGCGUACGAAGAGGAAAGUACACGACUCCGGCAGCUUCAUGAUGCUUCAGGUGCGAGAACUACUGCUGGCUUGACUCGUAAGCUGAAUCCUCUGCGUCAGGAACUGGAGAAGGCGAUCCUCGCUCUGGCGCGGGAGACUGAUGUUACUAUGGGGAAGUGGAUGCUGUUCCCGUCGGUUGAUCAUGUCGAUGAAAUCUGGGGUGCAGUGGUUAGGGCCACGGAGCAGGGGCAGCUGGGUGAUGCGGCCAAAGUUGCUACGGAUGAUGGUUCUGGACAGACGCGUCUUGUUUGCAUUUAUACGGCUGACUUUGCGGACGAGAAGGAUGUUAAGCGCGUGUUGUGCAAAUUGGUUGAUAUGGAUCUUGUUGGGAAGGGGAAUCGGGGCAUUUAUUACAAGUCCGACGCCUACACUCAUCUCAAUAUCAAUUCGAAAAAUGAGUAUGGGCUGAAGGCGAGCAUGUACUCGAGCCGGGAUGUUCUUGCUUGGAAGUAG